UGGUGUACUGGCAGUAUCUUACCGACUGUCAGCGGGCUGAUGCUGAUUGUCGGUUGGUGUAGAAUUUAGUGGUGUCAAGGCAUGCUUUUGAGUAAAACGGAUACAAGAAAAUACAGAAAGAGGUCCUUGGUAAUCAUCGGUCUGAUGUCCGAUUAAAGAAAAUGGCGGAUUAGUUGGUGCUCUAGCAAAAGGGCUGGGACACAAUAUUCAGUACCGUCAUGAUAACGUCUCAAGUUAACUCUCAUUUUAUAAUAUAUAUUAUUUCAAUAAACAUAUUAAUUAUUUAACCGUUUAUUUAUAUUUAUUACUAUUCAAUAAUUAGUUAUUAUUUUUUUUAAUUAAUUGUGUUAAAGGUUUUAAUUAUCAAUCAUAACAAUAACAACGCGUGGUGUCUCGCGAGUGAAUUUUCUUGGAUUUAAGUGCUAAAUUAUUUUAUUUAAUAUAUAUACCUACACAUAUAUAUAUAUACAUACUCACACAUACAUAUAUCUAUACAUACGUAUAAAUAUAUGGGUACGUGUGGAAUGGAGUAAGUGAAAAAGUGACAACUCAGAUAACAUUGAAAUUAAUAUUGUCCUAAUUUUAUUUAAAACUUUGAAAAAUAAAAUUAAAAUCCGGAAAUGGCAAUCAGGUAGUGCUCAUAAUUUAAAAAAUAAAACCAAUAAAGUGGUGUAAUAAAAUUCCACCAAAGAUGUGAAGGGCCAGGCGAGAAAACGGAAUGAAGCCACAAAAGAAGGGUAUUGUUUCGCAAAAGGCGCCAAAGUCACCACCGGUUGCCAAAAAGCGUAAGGUCCUUGAUAAAUUGUCCCUCGACAAUAAAACAGAUAAAAAAUCAAAGAAAUUAUUAUCUUCCUCUUCGUCAUCACCGUCAUCAUCCUCUUCCGCGUCUUCUUCGGACAAGACUAAAAAAGGUGACAGUGAUAAGAAAAAAGAUAAAGCGACUGAAAAACGUAAGAAAAUUGAUCCCAAGACUAAAGUUGACGUAAAAUUGAUAGAUGACAAAAAAAAGUGUAAUCCCAAAGAAAUGGACGUUAAGAAAAUAGAAACUGACGACAAGAAAAUGGACAAAGACGAUGAUUGCUCAUUGGAUUUGAGCUUAAACAGCACAUCCGGUAACUGCGGGACCGAAAAAAAGAAAAAUAAUAAAUCUGAUGAUAAAAUAAAGACAGAAAAAGUUUUUGAUGGCAAGAAAAAAUCAUGCGAAAUUGACAAGAAGAAAAUUUUAAGCAAAGAUUCGACGGAAUCUGGGGAAAAUGACUUGAGUUUAACUUCACUUCCGGUUACAGUGACAGAUGAAGUUAAAAAUGCAGACGACAAAAGUAGUGCGCAAAAUUUGGUUGGCAAGAAAAAUAGUAAAGUGAAGGAUGACAAGAAUAAGAAAGACUGCAAGCUGGUCAACAGCAAAGAUUCUAAAGAAAAUGGUAAAAAUCAAUUAACCAAAGAUAAGAAAGUUGAUUCGAGUAAAAAAAUAGAUAAGGAUGUUGGUAAAAAAUCAAAAGCUGUUGCUGUUAAAAAAGAAAUAAAUUCAAAAAAUAUCAACAGCGGGUCGAAGAAAUCGGCUGGUAAGAAAACUUGUUUGCUGGGUAAAAAGUCUGUCGAGGGGACUAAGAAAUUGGCGGAUAAAAAAUUAAAACUAGUCAAUAAGUCUAAAGAUAAAGAUGAUUCAUCGAGUGUUGAGGAUGAGGAAGAGUUAUUAGUUAAUAGCAAGACAAAGAAAAAGAAUCCAACUAAUGCUAAGUCUAAAGUUAGUAAUAAUAGUAACAAUAGUAGUGAUACAAAUAAUCAAGAUAGUAAUAAUAAAAAACCAAAAUUAGCGAAACAGAUGAAAGCCAAAUUGCCAGCGAAAAAUGGCAAAUUGAAUAACGCUGUUUUAAAGCGGGAAAAACUUAAGAAGAUAACUGAUAAAAUAGUUAAUAGAAGGAAGAUGGAGUUGAAGGAGAGCGCGGACAAAGUUAACAUGGUAGUUGACGGCAAAAAAAUGAUGAAAGAAGAGCCACUAAAUAGUGAAGAAGACGACGAGAGCAUAAAAAAGGAAAUUUGUAACGAUAAGGAGGACGAAGAAGAAAGUUGUUGCAGUGGUGCGGCUAGUGGUGGUAAUAGUAAUAGUGGGAGUAGUAAUGGUAGUGGUAGUUGUCUUCAAGUGAAAUCUUCAGAUGUAAAAAAGUCUUUGAAAACUCCAUCAAAGUCGAAAACAAGUAACAAAAAACAAGCGACUAAGAAAUCAGUAAAAUCAAACAAAUCACUGGAGGAAAAUUGUGAAAAAGUUUGUCUCAAGACUGGUGGUUCUUCCCCGGCUUCCUCGCCUUGUGCUUCCGCUUCCGACGAUUCUUCAUCGUCAGACUCGACAACGGUGACUAAACAAAGCACCAAGAAUGAAGAAACUGCCGGCAGUGGUGUCAAGGCAACGUCGAAAAAAGAAAACGAGUGUGCGUUUAAAAUUGAUCUGAAGGUAGAAAAGUCAAAUGAUGAUUCUAAUGAGAGUCAGGAGGCUUCGUCGAGCUGUGGUGACUCUGAUGAAGAUUAUGAGAACGAAUUGGAGACACGUCGCAAUCGUCAGAAAAAGAAAAAAGACCGGGAAGAUUCAACGGACGAAGAACGGGCGCGUAGAAUGCGAUUGUUUGGGUUCUGGAGUGGACCGAAACGGCAUCGCGUUGCGUCAUUAAACGCAUUAGCUAAAGUGCACUGUAUGUACGAGAAUGAAGCCGGUGGCGUUUAUCUGGGUGGUUUCUGUAAACCGAAACCUGAAAAAGAUAAAGUCGCUAAAAAAUCAUCAUCAGCAACAGCAACUGCUACUGCACCGGCCGCUAAAGAGGAUAAAGAGGAAUCUGGACGCAAAGAAAAAGAUAAUAGUAAUAAAAAAACCACAACAGUGACGAGUAAAACCGAGUCGGAGAAUGUCGCUAAGAGAAAUCUAAGGAAUGUACCGGGUCUUCGCGGGAAACAUUGGGACAUGAUGGAGUGUUCCUCUUCGUCCUCAUCAUCUUCCGAGGACGAGUCGAACAACGAGCAGCCCCCACAGCAAUCCCAAUCACAGCAACCGCGCAAUCCAGAAGUUAAAAAUGCUAAGCGCGGGAGAAAGAAAAACUCAACAGUGAGACGGAAAAAACCUGAAGAGGUGAUGGAUCUCAAGGAUAUGGUGGUCUGCAAGCGAAUGGCUAGUUUAAAUGCAUCAGCAAUUCUCGCGGCCUCUUAUUCAGACGAAAAACAUCUCCAGAGUUCAUCGUCUACCGAAUCCUCGUCCAGCGAGUCGUCGGAAGUCGAGUUCAUAAAACGACGCAAACAGCACGGCGACGCGGGUGAAACUGCCGCCGAAAGACGGAAAGCCAAGCAAGAAGAAGAAGCUCUCAAGGCUUCAAAAAAAGUAGUCAUUGUCAAUCAGGAUACCGAUGUCACAAUCACCGGUGUCUAUGUUAAUCAAACCCGAUCAACCCACCACGAGGGUUUCUGUAGCAUCGCUGGAAUGCAAUAUAGAAUCAGCUCAACCAGCCACACGCAAACUGCGGCAACCGCUGUGGCUGCUGAACUUCACGAGCAGAAACCGGAGCAGCCAUGCAAGUCCUAUACACCCCUCGGGGCCUUAUCCUCGAUGCAGCCACCAGGAAGUCAGGCCACUCAUCCGAACAUGUCACCCAGAAGACACUCGGCAUUCAGCGCUCCUCAUCAACAUGGUUAUUAUCAACCGGCAGGUCCGCUAAUUCAGCAUCCACCCACGUUGCCGCCAAUAAAAGGCCCGCCACCGGAACCGACGCCCACGCCGCCCCAAAAUUCCGAGAGCUCAGACGACCUGGUGGCAACAUCGACAACUUCCGGUGGCACCAACAGCACAGGUAAUUCUUGGCGUUCGUAUCGUAAAACGGAUUCAAGACUACCAAGCUCAGCGAUUCCAUCCACGUCAAUUGUCCCCACAGGUGGUGGCUUCUACAGAGCCUACUGUCCUCAAUACUAUGGCACUCCGCCGCAGUAUCAGGAGCUGUGUUAUCCGCCGACUUAUCCACAUCCACAUCCGCAUCCACCACCGUAUUAUAAAUAUGCUCCAGCUUAUAGAAGACAGUACUACAGUUACCCAGAAGCAGGAGGAGGUGGAGGAGCAGGUGGCGCAGGAACCGGUGCUCCAGGAGUCGUAGAAUACCAGCCUCCGCCGCCACCUAGUGAUUACUCGAUGCCGCCUUAUUAUGCCGGUUAUCCACCGCCACCGGCACCACCACCACCGCCACCUAAUCCCGCUUAUCUUCACGCUCAAGGUCGACCUAUUGUAGAUCACGCAGCCUUCCAAGGUUGUCCGUGUCCGAUGCAAUCGUGUCCAAAAAACGUGGAUACUGGGCCCCUUAUUGGUAAUGGUAAGGGGGCGCCAGUGGCAUCGGGGCCCGGUCUGUCAUUGCCACCCAGUGCUUUAGUAGGGCCCCCCUCGCCCGCGAGGGGACUAGCCGGGUUAGCGCCUCCUCACGGCGCUAAUGCCUGGGACACGGAUCGCGUCCAAAUUAACACUCAUAAUCGUAAUAUCAAUAACAAUAAUCAGAAUCAACAGCUUCCAUCAUCAACUACCCACAUCAACGAAUGCCGUACUAAGGAAGAACAAAAAUGUACGGACAAUAAAUGCAACAAAUGUACGUGUCAAAAGCGAGCAUGUACGUCAACGUGUGACGUCAAAAUCGAGACAUUAUCACCAGCAGAAGCAACAGUACCUUCACCGUCAUUGCAAUCGCAGUCACCAGUUUCAUUGCAACAGUCGCAGCCAACGCACCCCCCGACUUUACAGAAAUUACCUCCAAUGUCAACUGAAAGCAUUCGCACAUUCAAAAUGGAGAACAAUAACGUUAAGUGUGAGUCAUGCAGCGUAGGAAUCGUCAGUGAUAACAAUUUAUCGUGUGUUUCAAACUGCAACGUUAAGUGCGAAGAGCAGCAGGAUGAUUACAAGUGCGGGAUUAUCAAGUGCGAGCAGUGUCUCAAAGAGGAAAGAGAAAUGGCGAUACUAGAAAUAGACAAAGACUCGGGAAUUCUUAUGAUCGAUGACAAACUAGAGGCCGCUGAAGCUGAGGUUAAGGAAGAACUCAAUGACGUCGUGGUUGUUAAUAUCAACAUCGACAAUCAGAACUGGACCAAACCCGAUUACGAAGACACUGUCACUGAAACGAUCGAGGACAAAGUUGAGAAAAUUAACGGCGCUGAUGUUAACGACGUAAAUGUUAACGUUAACAAGACCGAUGGCAUUAAUACCGUUGACGUUAACGUCAACAAGUGCUCGGGUAACAAAGAGACGUUACCGAAGUGCCAGAAGUUGACCAAGCGAAAGCUGUCACUCGACAGCCUGAGUUCUCCCAAGAAAAUAAAACUAGACAAACGAACUCUGUCCGUAGGUUCAACCCGCGAUUCUAACGACCACCGGGUACCGAACCCGAUGAACGGGGAGUUUUUGGUUAACAGAACGAUCGUCGCUGAUAGAAGUAGUGAUAAGGGGGUUGAUAAGCUUGACUGUGGUUCAGUAGCGAGUGUGGGAGGAAAGGAGGGUAAGAAGAAAGUUAAGAAAGAAAGUUGUAAGCGCAAAGCUGAUGACGGUGUUGCUGCCGAGGGUAACAACAAGAGGUCGAAAAAAUAUUUAAGCAAUGGAAUCACAAAUUGUCAUGUUAAGACGGCGUCCGCGAUGAGUAUUAUGGAGACAAUUAACAAUGUGAUUCAACAGAGUGUACAAAUGACUAGUAAGAAUGAUGAAGAUAUUAAUAAGUGUAAUAGUAGUGGUAAUAACAAUAAUAAUAAUCAUAAUAAUAAUAAUAUUAAUAUUAGUAAUAAUAACAAUAAUAAUAACGUUAGCACUAAGAGCUGUAAUGCGUUCAAAGAACGCGAUAGUAAAAGAAAAUCUGUUAAUUUAUUGUCGACUAUUAAAAAUGUUCCAAAGACGAUAGUUAAGACGGUGGUUACGGAUAAAUUAUGUGUUAAUAAGGCGGAUUGUAAAUUAAUAAAGGAUAAGGAUAAAGAAUUGGGAGUCUUAGUGGGAGGAACAGGGGGAGUGGAUAAGGACAAGUGCAAGGAAAGUAAGAGCAGAGUGAAGGGUAAUAUAAAUAGUAAUAAAAUAGUGCAGGUUAAAAACAAAGUUGACGGGCGUAAACCCGGGGAAUCAAAAUUAAAGGGGAAGGUUGUUAAGAUUUGCGAGGAGAGGGGCGGUGGUGAGGGAGAGGGGGGUAAGAAACAACCAGCGGCCUUAGUUAAAAAGAAGAAUAAUAAAAAAAGUACAAAGAAAAUAUGCGGCGUGGGUCAUAAGAAGGCAAGCGGACGUGAUGAAAGUGUCACGGGGGUUGUUAGUGAUAGUUUUAGUUGUUUGACAAAGAAGGGCUUUCUUAAGCCCAAGUGGAGCAACGGCUGGAGCUGGGAAGGAGACUCGUAUGAGGCCAAAGUUUAUUUAACGAAUGAAGAGUCGGCUAUACGGAGGUGUUACAAAAGUAUGAAACACAUAAGUGGUGAUGUAUUGAGACCACGGGACUGUGUUUUAUUGAAAAGCGGUCCACGUAAAGCAGACCUGCCUUUUGUGGCUAAAAUAGCUGCGCUUUGGGAAAAUCCUGAUGAUGGCGAAAUGAUGUUCUCGUUACUGUGGUACUACAGGCCAGAACAUACGGAACAAGGUCGCACGGAUUUCGACACUGAGGACGAAGUGUUUGCAUCGAGGCACCGCGAUGCUAAUAGCGUUGCUUGUAUAGAGGACAAAUGUUAUAUUUUGACGUUCAAUGAAUAUUGUCGAUAUCGAAAAAAUUUACGAAGAAUAGAAGAAAAUCUCGAAUGUCCAGGACUAAUAGUACCACCUGGGGAACAGAGUUAUCCUCGGGAGAGUAGACAGCCUCCCAUUCCAGUACCAGCAGAUAUGGUUCUAUUUUGCCGGCGUGUCUACGACUAUCGCGGGAAAAAACUCGUAAAAAAUCCCGGAUGACUCGAUUCCGCGUAAAAAAAUAAAUAAUUAAAUAAACAACCAACAAAAAAAAAAUAAAAAAAUACUAAAAUGGGAAUCACAAGUACUGAUAAAGAAAAAAAUAUAAAAACUUACACUGAAACUGGCAUUGAUCUUCCAAGCGUCGCCGAUUUGUGUUCCACUUGAUAUCAAUUUCUAUAAACAGCAACUGAAUAUUUUAUAUCACGUUGCUAUUUAAUCUAAAAGAUAAAAAAAAAUAUUUAUAUAUAUAUACCCAAAGAAAUAAAAAUAAUAAGGCAAUUAAACAAUUCAAAUUAAAAUUUAUCACAAACUGAAUUGUUUAGCUGCGGUUAUAAAUAAUUAAUUAUUAUAUUAUAUAAUAAUUAUUAAAAGUAAAUAAACUGAGUGGAGCACAAUUUUUUAGCGCUUAGAUUUCAUAGAGAGAUAUAGAUAUUUUUUGCGAUAGCGUUUUACAAAUUAAACAAAAAAAAUAAAUAAAACAAAAUAUUUUUCACUUAUUAAGACGUACAUUGUAAGGGUGAGCUUGGAUAGGAAAUAAAUGAUAAUAAAUAAUUAAAGGAAAUAUUUAAAAUGUCCAGUUUCAGUGUUCAGUAAAAAAAAAAAAAAAAAUAUAAAACAUGACCAUUUAAAUAGCGACAGGGAAAAUAUAUAAAUUAAAAUGAAUAAUUGUGUUACGAGUAAUGAUUUAUAAUUUAUAAUUUAAAAUAAAAAUUUUGUUAAUUAAAUUUAAAAAAGUUGAAAAGUCAUAUGUUAAAUGCGUGUAAUGUAUACUAUUUAAAUUGGACGUUUGUGUGAUGAACUUCCAUUGUAAGUUAUAUUAUUUAAAUUUAAAUUGUAAUUUAAAUAAUUCGUUUUUUCCGAGACGAGACAAAUUAGACGGCAAUUAUCCAUUCAUUUCUACUCACAAUUAUUAUUGUAAUCGUACACUGUAAAAAAUUUCUGGAUUAAAUCCGGAGUGAAUGCAGACCGGAUGACCGUGAAUUUAUUUGAUCCCCUCGGAGGGAAAUUUACUCCCAAUCGGAGUGAAUACGAAUUUAAAUAAAAUCUAGAUCAGUCCGAAGUCACUCCGCUCAAAAAAAAAAUUUUUAUUUACUCCGUAUGCGGAGUGAAUUUUUGAAAAAACUCCGGAGUGAAUUCGGAUUUAAAUAAAAUCCGUAAUCACUACGAAUUCACUCCCGAUUUACAGUGUAAAUUUUUUUUUUAUUUUUCGCUGGAAUUUUUUAUCUCGAGCAUAUUGAUAUUAAUUAAUGAUAAUAAAUUUUUUGAGUGUCACUAUUUUUUUGAAUCAUUCAAAUUUUAAUUUAAUUAAUUAAUUGAUUGAAAAUAGGUUUUGUAAUUUUUUUAAUUUCAUUUUGGGAUUGUAUGUUUGCCGUUUUAAAAUGAUUACAUUUAACGUACAGGAUUUUAAUAUUUUUUUUUAGAUAAUAUUAAUUAAUAACUUUUUUUUUAGUUAAAUCAAAAUUUCACCCGCUAAAAAUUUAGACUUCAUUUUAAUUUUUUUUUUUUAUUAAGGAAGUAUAUGAAUAAUGAAUGAUUGUAAUUAUUUUGAAGAAGUUUGUAAAUCAGCGAACAAAAAAAAAUAUGAAAUUUUUGUUAGCGGGAAAAAUAUGUUGUAUUAUUUAUAUUAAUAUAUUGAAUAUUAUAUAAUUAUACUUUUAUUAUUAUUACUAUUAUUAUUAUUAUUAUUAUUAUUAUUAAUUAUUGAUAUUUAAUGAACUAAUAUAUAAAUAUUGAUUUUGUGUAUUUAAGGGUAUGAGCGAAAAUUAAUUACGAUUAAUUAACAUUGGAUAUGUUAAGAUUAAUAAAUUGAUUUAAAAAAUUAACUCUCCCAAUACCAAAAUAUUUUUUGUUUUUCUUUUCUAUUCUUAAAAAAAAAUAAUUUAAGAUGUAAUAUAAUUUUAUUUAUUUAUUAUUAAUUAAUUUUUGUAUACUUUUUAAGAAUAUUAAUUUUUCUAUGCUUAAAUUACAUUACCGACUUAAUGACCGAUGGAAAAAUAACCGGAUCGAAACUUAACCAAAAAAGAAAAAUUUUUUACCUAACAAAUAAUUUACUUUUUUUUGAGGUUAACAAAUUUUUUUAUUAAAUAUUGAGAGCCAUUUGUCAUUUUUAACUUUACAUACACUAAAAUAUAUUUAUAUAUUUUAUAUAUCUUAUAUAUGCACUAAGUAAUAAAUUAAUUAAUCUCAGAAAUUAGAUCUUGGAUUUAAAAAUUGGCUCUUAGUUGAAUUAGGCUGCCCCUGAACUUGGCCACUGCCAAAAUUCGGCCAUUUUUUUUUUUUUACUCUCCUAUAAAUAUUUUACGCAUUGCAGUAUUAUUUAUAUUAAAAAUUAUCUUCCCAGUUUUUAUACUUUACUUUUGGUUGAAUAACAAAACGCAGCCAAAAGUGAGUGAGAUCAUCUCUAAAUUGUCUUUAGAUAUUUAUCAUAAAUUUAUAUAUAUUUAAAGAGAAACUCAAAAAUAAGAAACAAUAGUACAUUACACGGAAAAAAAAUAGUAGUAGCUACUCUUUGGGAUAGUACUGAGUACUUUCUGUAAAAAAAAAAAUUUCAGACAGUACUGUAUGCUAUCUAGACUGUGUCCGAUACUAUCCGGGAUAGUACUCAGUACUAUCCCAGAGAGUAGCUACUACUAUUUUUUUUUUCCGUGUAAGGGCCAGUUUUUCUGCUGGUAUAUCUACAUAUGACUAAUAUAUAGAUAUACUAUUAAUUAAAACCCGGAUAAAAAUAAACUCGGUUUGAAAAACUGGCUCUAAUUUUUGAUUGUGUGAACUUUGGUUAUUUUACUCUGGUUAUUUUUUCGUUUUAUUUUGCAUAAUUUCGAUUAAUUAUUUAACAUUAACAUUAAUAAUUAAUUAUCAUUCAUUACUAGUAAUAAUUAGUAUCAUUAUUUUUUAAAUCUCUCGUUAAGGUUGAUAAUACAUAUCUUUUUUUAAUAAUUAACUUUCUCUGUCUCUCUUAACUCCUCAUUGUAUUUAAAAAAAAAAAAAAAAAAAAAAAAAAGAAUAGAAAAAUCUUGCAAUAUAUCUAUGGAAUAAAAAUAAAUCGUGUUCGGCAGCAUUAACGCCAAUCAAAAAAUCAGUUCUAAAGUAUAAAUUUAAAAAAAAUAUAAAAAAAAAAAAAAGUAACAAUUAAAAUAAGCCAUUAAUUAAAUGAAAAUUUGUUUAUUUAUUCAAAAUAAUUGCAAACAGACGAGCGUAAUAAAGCCGCGUGCCAAAGAACAUCAUGAUUAAUUUAAAUUAAUUAAAAAAUUUAAUUAAUCAGUACACUCGUCACUACAGGGAUUUUGCGAUUUACUCAAUGGUUUUUAUUUUAAAUAAACAAAUAAAAUAAAUAUAAAAAAAAAUGGAGAUAAAAUAAAAAUAAAAGUUAAAAAUAAUAAAAAAAGAGAAGAAUUAUUUCUACAUGAAAUCUAUGAAGUAUAAAUAUAAAUGAAUAUAUAUUAUAUAUAUUUAGAUAAUUAGAAUAAAAAUGUGCAGGCAUUACAUGUAUGAUCAUGAUGACAUUACACGAUAAAUAAAAUUUUAAUUAACAAAAAUAUAUAUUAAUAUCAUUAACUCCCUUAUUUUUUGUGUCAGAUACAAAAGCAAGUGAUACUCGGAUUUUUUUUAUAUCAAGUGAAAUCAAACAUAGAUUUUUUUUCAUGUAAAAUUAUAAUUACAUAUAUAUUUAAUAUUAUUAUUAAUUAUUAAUGAUCUUUAAUUUCCAUGAAUUUUAUGAUCAAUUUUUUGAUGGAUGAAAAAUAAAAAAAAAAAAUGAGAUUAUUUUCUGAGUGUCACAUAUUAAUUUGCGGUAUUUGGUACAAAAUAUGUAUGUGUACAUCAAUAGGUGAUUACUGAUUAAUUACUGAUUACAAAUAAGCUUUGUAGGGGACACAAAUAUAAAUAACUUAUAAAAAUGGAAAGUGCGACGAGUCGUUAAUCAACUGACUUAUCAAAAUAUCAAUUAUUUAAAAAAUGUUAUUUUAAAAUUGUUAUUAUAAUUGUAGAGAAAACGAACAAUUAGUUGGUAGUUGAUAGUUAUUUAAAAGUGGAGGAGAUAAUUCUAAAUCACUGAUUUUUUAUUGAUAGCUAAGUUUUGAGAAAUAGAUCUCAUGAGUGGAGUUUGAUAAUUCGGUUGAUUGCGACCUGCGUGGCUGACACUGAUCCACUAGUACCGCAAUGUGUUUUUUCACAUAAGUAAAAAGUAAAAAUAUAAAUAUACCGAUGUGUACUUUUCAGAUUAAUAACAUGAGAGGAUAUGAUUUUGAAUGUUUUAUUGGACAUUCGUUAUCUUGUAAUAUUGUAAUAUAAACGUAAGGAGCAACAAAAAUGUUUAAUAAAUUAUUUGAUCAAA